AUGGGCGCUCCUAUUAAUGCCCGGGGGAUCAAUGGAUCCGAUUUGAUCGCUACUCUCCACCUCGCCCAGCUGGCCCCCGGAAUCCUUGGCCAAGGUUCUACAAAAGCUACAAAGGAUACUGCGGAGGAGUAUGGUCAGAUUGAACAGCUCUUCCUGGCCUGUUUAAGGACUGGCGAUGAUCAAUCCGCCCAAGUUUGUCUCGAUCGGUUAAGCCACCGAUUUGGUCCCGCCAACGAGAAGGUGAUGGGACUCCGUGGCUUAUACCAAGAGGCAACCGCCAAAGAUAUUUCUGCAUUGGAAAAGUGCUUGAAGGAAUAUGAAAAGAUCUUGGGAAAAACCCCUGUGAAUGUGCCUAUUCUCAAGCGUCGAGUCGCUCUGUUGCGCUCCCUCCAUCGAUCAUCGGAUGCGGUCGCCGCCCUUAUCCAACUUCUUGAUGCCGUUCCAACUGAUGCUGAAGCCUGGUGUGAACUUGCAGAUCUUUACCAAAGCCAGGGACUCAGCGCCCAGGCUAUCUUCAGUCUUGAAGAGGCUCUUCUCAUUGCCCCCAAUGCAUGGAAUAUCCAUGCUCGACUGGGUGAAGUUUUCUACGUGAGUGCCUCAGCUCCCGAGGAGAUUCGCCUUGCAAGCAAGUCGGUCCAACAUUUUUGUCGAAGCAUUGAGCUCUGUGAUGAUUACCUGCGCGGCUUCUAUGGAUUGGCUUUGGCCUCCUCUCGAUUGUUGGAUAUGGGUUACGAAGCCCUAUCGGAUCGUGCGAUGCUCUCAAAACAGACGGUGAGUCGUCUCCAUGAUUUCGCUCUGAAGCGAUUGCGGGAGAUGGUUGAGACUCGAUCUGUUGAUGAUCAACACUGGGCCUCCAGUCGCAGCGAGCUUAUUGCUGCGAAGGCUUUAUUGAAUCGGUUUGAGCAAAAGUCAUAA